UCAGGAGCGGCUUAUUUGACCACGGAAAUACGAAUGACUUACUGCCGCUGACUCGAACGCAGACCUCUCCGGCUUGUCUGUCAGUGCAUGUGUCGCUACCUCCGCUGCGCUGCUACUACGUCCCUACUGCGGCGUCAACGAGGAAACGAAAGAAGAAAAAGAAAAUCGAAGAAAAUCACGUCCACCAGUGACUCUGGAGUAGUAAUUGAACCAGAAUGGACGCGGGGAUACCAGUCGAGGUGAUGAUGAACUCUGCCCUGGUCAACAACUUGGCGAAAGUGGCCAAAGACGCAGCGCUGCAGCAUGGAGUCCUGAUGAGGACCAAAGAGACUCCCAACUCAUCCGAGCUGGUGACCUACACCUCGUUCACGCUCUUUCCCACGCCCGUGCCCAGAGCUGCGUUCCACCAGGCUCUGGCUGUGCAGACUCACUUCAACACCCUGGUGGACAAACUCAGUCAGGACCCAGACUUUCUCCAAGAAGCUCUUGCGAGCACCAUAGCCGUGGAUAAAUUCACUGCUGGGUUGUUCAAGAUCCACCAGCAGAUCCUGAAAGAAGGACGCUCUCAGUCUAUUGUUCUGGGUCUCAAUCGCUCCGACUACAUGUUGGAUCAGAGAGAGGAUGGAACGUCGGCGCUAAAGCAGAUAGAAAUUAACACCAUCGCUGCUAGUUUUGGAGGUCUGGCCUCACGGACGCCAGAGCUACACAGACAAAUUCUGAAGGUGGCCGGCCGGCUGGAGGACAGCCAGCGUAUCCUCGACAACAACCCCGCUGCCGGUAUGGCUGGAGCCAUGGCCAAAGCCUGGGAGCUUUACGGAUCAGAGAGAGCAGUCGUCAUGUUCUUGGUGGAAGACACACAAAGGAACAUCUUUGACCAGCGAUGCAUUGAGUAUGAACUGUGGAAGAGAAACAUUCCCACAACAAGGAAGUCGUUUGAUGAUGUCAGGAAAACUGGAUCGCUCGAUCAGGACAAGAAGCUCUUUGUUGAUGGCCAGGAGGUGGCAGUGGUGUACUUCAGGAAUGGCUACAUGCCUGAGCACUAUAGUACUGAAGAGUUCUGGGACACUCGUCUCCUAAUGGAGCGCUCGCUGGCCGUGAAGUGUCCAGACAUCAGCACCCACCUGGCCGGGACCAAGAAGGUCCAGCAGGUCCUUGCAAAACCCGGAGUUCUGGAGAAGUUCUUCCCCGACCAGCCUCAGGUGGUGGAACAGAUCCGGGCGACGUUCGCUGGACUCUACACUCUCGAUUUGGGUCCAGAGGGCGACAAAACGGUAGCCAUGGCUUUAGCAGCUCCGGACCGCUUUGUCCUGAAGCCUCAGCGAGAAGGAGGAGGUAACAACAUCUACGGCUCAGACAUCUGUAAGGUCCUGCAGGGAAUGACGGACAGCACGGAGAGGAUGGCGUAUAUCCUCAUGGACAAGAUCCAGUCUGUGCCGUCGCAGAACUUCCUGCUGAGACGAGAUUUCCCGCUCAAGAUCACAAACUGUCUCAGUGAAGUGGGAGCUUUUGGAGCUUAUGUCAGACACGGUGAAGACAUGGUGAUGAACGAGUGCGUGGGUCAUCUGCUCAGGACCAAGAGCUCGGAACAUGCAGACGGCGGCGUAGCAGCAGGAGUGGCCGUGCUGGACAACCCUCUCCUCAUCUAAGUGAAAACAAACACAACAACAUCAUCAUUCCGCGCUGUUUUCAUUCAUUCAUCGGUAAAUGAAUGGCUAAAAAAAGUUCAUAAAACUAGCGUGUAGUUAGUUCUAAAACUUAUUACACGUCCAUAUUAAAUACUGAAGGUUUUAUUUACCCUCAAAUGAAGACGUUUUUUAUUACUUUUUGACUGGAACACGUCAUACAUCAUGGUGAACGUGAAGCUGCGCUGCCAUCUGGUGCUUCUUCUGUGCUACUACAACACAGAUUGACAAAACCAAUUUGAAACUCAACCAAGUGGUAAAAGUGUCCUUAAUAAAAAAAAAAAACGGUUGUGUUGUUUUCUGGGGUUUUAUAACUGUAUUUUUAUUACGAUGAAUUAACUUCUUUAUACCUCAGACAUUCAACUAAAGAGAAUGAUACAGAAACUGAAGCAGUGAUGAAUAAGUGACCACACAUUUCCUCGUGUUUUUUAAAGUAUGCUUUCAUGAGAGACUGAUUUGCCGUGUGCGUGCGCGCGUGUGUGUGUGUGUGUGUGUAAUUGGCAUCUUCAGAAGAGGUUUGCUGCUUUAUCUCUCACUGUUAGACCGGCUUUUCUGGACUGGAAACUGGUUUGUGCUUGCACUUUUUCCACGCACUUACACGGCACACCAAAUUCCAUAGAGAAAAUCUGCAAUUUCCACAUCACAGCACACAGAUAUUAUUUUAUAUAAUAGUUAUUUUACAUACCUAAUGGACGUCAUGCAAUCUUGGGGUCACUACUGAGACUCGUGUAAACACAUUUGUUGAAGUUCUUUAGAAGUGAUGAAUGAAUAAAUAAAUAA